AUGUUGCUCAAGCAUACUUCUGCCCAGAUACUUGGUCGGGCAGAUCCUGCAAGCGUCACCAUUUCUCGAGUCGAAUAUGACAGUCUGCUUCGUACCUCGCGCGAAUUUGAGCUGCUCAAAACCUCACUCUAUCAAGGCGGCCUGACUCCCGAGACACUUGCCCUUUUGAUCGCUGGCGCAACAGUUCCUGAGCAGCAACAGAGGCCUGUCGACUCUUGGGCAGACGAUUACGAUGACCAGCCCAUGCCUUACUGCCAACCGAAGCCCUUCGUCAGUGGGCCAUCCAAGUCAAACGGCAUGUCAUGGAGGUCCAACAGCAACACCGGUGGGUUUAACCUUGCACCAGGCAGCGGCGCAUUCAAGACUGUUGAGCAGCAACCAUCUCAAGCCAGUCUGCAAGUGCCCAACGUCAACCGUAACGUCAGCUAUGGCGUUACGCCUUCUUCUGUUCCCGAAGACAAUGCUUUCGAAGCUGACAGCUUUAUGGACGACGGCAACACUGAGCUGGACACCACAGCUCGCGGCCGCGCCGGCGAAACGCUGCGCACACUGUAUUUCUGCAACCUCUCCCCAAAGACUUCGUACAAGGAUCUGGCCUCUGUGAUCAAAGGCGGUAAGGUCUUGAGCAUCACGAUCCGUUCCGAGAGGAGCGCAACCGUCACGUUCUUGGACGCUGCAGCAGACUAUCUCACCUGGUCCAAGCGCAACGAUGUCUACCUUCAUGCCCGACGUGUCGAGGUAAGAUGGGCAGAACGACAGUCUAACCUCAAUGGUCACAUCGCAAACAAGAUCACCAACGGUGCCACCCGCAACAUUCUGAUCCGCAACGCUGUCGAUAAAGGCCUCACCGAGCAGCGCAUCCGCGACGAUAUGGAGCAUAUUCAUGGCUUGGUCAUCAUCGAGGUCACUUACCAGAGCGGUAAUGCUUACGUAUCGACCAACUCAGUGCAUAACGCACUCUUCGCCCGGACUUGCAUGAUGAGCAGAUCGGAUUAUAGAGGUUGCAAGAUCGAGUUCUACCCCGACGAGUGCGAUGUCGCUCUCCCUGCUCGCGCCAAACCGACUCCAACAGCCGCCUCGGAGCCUACCAAGAAGAACAUGGCCCCCAACAAUCGUUUCGAUAUGCUGAACAUGAGCAGCAAUGGCUCUUCUGGUAGUGAUGAAGGUGUGUGGCGUCAUCAAUUGGGCAGUGGGAACCAUGCAAUCACUGACUGUCUCGCAGAGAACCGCGACCCGCUUGCUGAACUCGAGGGCGACUCGGACGACGAGGUAGACUCCGUGCACAUCGUUCCACGCGCUGGUGUCCGACUCGACUUCCUCGACUCAGAGAGUACUGCGUGA